CUUCCUGCUUUAGAGGAGGAUUCAUUGUCUGCCUGUGACCUCCUUGGAGAGGGUGCAAAGUAUACAAGAGUCAUGGAAUCCAAAUACACAAGAGCUUUGUUUUUGCUAAGUAAAGGAGUGCUGCUGCUAAUGGAGAGGAAACUAAGUGAGGUGCACUCACUGCUGACACUGUGUGGCAAAUUCCUAGAAAGCUGGCAGGGAAACUUCAAUUUGAAGAAGUCUAUUUGAGUGUUUUGAGUCCUUGUGCUGCAGGUUACACACUACCUGGAUGCUGGACAGGUCCUACUCUUAUGCUUCACCAUCAGCACUCAAAAGUGUGAAAGAUCAAAGAUGACGGUGAUGCUCUCUGUGCAGGCGGGCUAUUUAGAGAGACCCCAAAAGCACACAGACAAAGCUCUCAUGCAUCUGGAGAAGCUGAAGAUGCUGGACAACAGUCCUAUCCUUUCCACGUUCCAAGUCAUCCUUCUGGAGCAUAUCAUAAUGUGCCGGCUCAUCACAGGACACGAGGUCACAGCAGUACAAGAAAUGAGUCAGGUUUGUCAGCUGUGCCAGCAGCUGCCCAGCUUCACACACUUUCCAGAAAAGCCAACAUUUUUGAUGAAGCUGUGGACGUCUAUUGUGACAAACCUGGCCAGCAUCUACAUCCAGGAGGGGAAUGUCUAUUGAGAGCUGUACAACCUUUUAGAGGGGAUUAACCCCAAUCUCAACUUUCUUGUAAGCUCUCAUUGUCUUUAGGUUGUAGUGUUUCACAUCAGAGGGCUCCUGUCUUUCUUCCAACCAACACGGCAAAGUGAAAAAUAUUUUUUUACAUCUCCAAGAUUUUUAAGGGAAACUCUGAAUAUGUCAAGUGCAGAGGAUCUGAACAGACUGACUGCCUGCUCGCUAGUCCUGCUUGUUCUUGGCAACCACAGGGAAAGUAACAAGAUGGUGGUUUCUGCCAUGCAGCUGGCCAGUAAGAUCCCUGACAUGUCUGUGCAGCUCUGGUCCUCCACAUUUCUAAAAGAUCUAUAUAAAGGUCGUGGAAACACCAUGGAGGACCACAAGGGAGCCCAGAUACAUCAGAACUUUUCCCAGCAGCUCCCUCAGGACCACAUUGCGGCCUGCAGCCUCUCUGAGCACAUCACCUGGACAGAUGGCCUCCGGCCUGUCCAGUUCCAGCCUCAGAACGGACUUAAAACCAGCCUGGCCAGCCUAAUCUGAGACGAAGCAGAAUAUGACAUAGGAGAGCUGUAGAAGACACAAUGUCAUAGACUUAAAUAUUAAAAAUGGGGUAAAAGAAGAGAAUGAAAUUAGAGAAAUUAGAGAAACCACCAAACAGAACACAUAAACUUUUCUCUUGUCUGAAUAAUGCAUCAACUUUACACUCUGUAAAACUGUAUUUCCUUCUUGUUUUUUAUAGCCACGUUGUGGCACAAACAGUGUUUUUAUAAACAAAGACAGGUAGCGUGAUGUGUGAUCACAAAAUCCUUUCAAGUGAAAAAUGGAAACGGAAAUCAGACUUACAAGUGCAUGAUCACAAUGGUUAAUAUUCAUUAAAUAAAAAUAGUUUAGCUUUUGUUCACACACUUAGUUUAUAAAUCAAGUUUCAGGUGCUGUUCUGUAAAAAUUUUUCCUAACAGGAGAACUCCCUGAUUAACAUGCUGAAGUACUUGUAAUGACGUGUUUACCUUUAAAUUUAAGUAAUUAGUCUCCCAAGACCAUCAUGGAGGUAAGACGUUAUAAAGUAAACAUAUAGCCUUCAUUAUCAUGUUACUGUUAAAUGUUAAACUGGAAACAGGCACAUUAACACACAUUACGAAUGUGUGUAUGGACUGAAUUUAAUGUGGUGUGUUUGGGUUAGUUGACCAAAAAGGGCAGAGAUGGGUUGAGAUUGAAAAGAAGUUUAAACUUUUUUAGAGCUACAAAAUCUUAAAAGUAACUUGAGGUAACCAAUAUUUCUAAUAAACUGUAGCUAUGUUUUUGACUGAUGCAUCAGAAAAGCUUCAGACAUUUUUUUGAGUUUUUCAGAAUCCUUGUGCUUCCUUGUAGUUUUGCUUUCGCUCUUGUUCAUUGCCUUUCCUGUUGUUCUCAUCUCCUCCAGACGAUGGCGUUAGAAAUCUGUACUGGUUUCCAUUACACCACAUUCAGGCCAACAUAGUUGAUUAAAGUUUGAUAUAUUAUCAAAAAAGUGAUGGUGAGUAUGAAUUUAAACUUUGUUAAUGGAGGGAAGAAAUGUCCUUAAUGUUAUCUUGCAACGACUGGAAUAGAUUUCUAUACUGAUUGUUUAAAUCAGAUAAGUUUUAUCAUUUGUGCUAUGAAUAGUGCAGUUUUUUAACAAAAGGAAAUAAACAGUUUUUCACUGUGUAUUUAUUUAUUUUUU